AUGUCCUCCUUCCUCGAGAAUGCCUACAGCCUCGUCCACCAGGACAAUGCCGCUGAUGUCCCCUCCAUGUCCGAGCUGCGGACACAGCUCGAGAAGGGCACCGACGAGAGCAAGGUCCAGACCAUGAAGUCCAUCCUCACAAUCAUGCUGAACGGCGAUCCAAUGCCUCAACUUCUCAUGCACAUCAUCCGUUUCGUCAUGCCAUCCAAAUCGAAGCCCCUCAAGAAGCUCCUCUACUUCUACUACGAGAUCUGCCCCAAGCUCGACGCUGGCGGCAAGCUCAAGCAGGAGAUGAUUCUGGUCUGCAACGGCAUAAGAAACGACCUCCAGCACCCCAACGAGUAUAUCCGGGGUAACACCCUGCGCUUCCUCUGCAAGCUUCGCGAACCCGAGCUCAUCGAGCCCCUCCUUUCCUCGGCCCGAUCUUGCCUCGAGCACCGUCACGCAUACGUCCGCAAGAACGCCGUCUUCGCCGUAGCUUCUAUCUACCAGCACUCUCCGUCGUUGAUACCAGACGCGUCCGACCUCAUCGCUACUUUCCUCGAGACUGAAAGCGACCCUACGUCUAAGCGAAACGCGUUUGCCGCUCUCGUCAGCAUCGAUCACCAGAAGGCCCUGGCAUACCUGAGCUCCGUCUUCGAGGGCAUCCCCAACGCCGAGGAGCUAUUGCAGCUGGUCGAGCUCGAGUUCAUUCGCAAGGAUGCCGUCCAGAACCCCCAGAACAAGGCGCGCUACCUACGGCUGAUAUUCGACCUUCUUGAGGCCGGUGCGUCCACGGUCGUCUACGAGGCCGCCUCGUCGCUAACCGCCUUGACGAGCAAUCCCGUCGCUGUCAAGGCAGCUGCAGCCAAAUUUAUCGAGCUGAGCAUCAAGGAGGCGGACAACAAUGUCAAGCUGAUCGUGCUCGACCGGGUGGACCAGCUUCGGAAGAAGAACGAGGGGGUGUUGGACGACCUCAUCAUGGAGAUCUUGCGCGUUCUCUCGAGCCCAGACAUUGAUGUGCGCCGGAAAGCCCUGAGCAUCGCCCUGGAAAUGGUCUCGAGCAAGAACGUCGAAGAGGUCGUGCUCCUUCUCAAGAAGGAGCUGUCCAAGACCGUGGAUCAGGAGUACGAGAAGAACACCGAGUACCGCCAGCUCCUCAUCCACUCAAUACACCAGUGUGCCAUCAAGUUUUCUGAAGUGGCGGCUAGCGUUGUCGACUUGUUGAUGGAUUUCAUCGCCGACUUCAACAACACGUCUGCCGUGGACGUCAUCAAUUUUGUCAAGGAGGUCGUCGAGAAGUUCCCCAAGCUACGGCCAGCUAUUGUCCACAGGCUAGUUGACACGCUCAGCGAGGUGCGAGCUGGCAAGGUAUACAGGGGAAUUCUAUGGAUUGUCGGCGAGUACUCCCUCGAGGAGAAGGACAUUCGAGACGCGUGGAAGCGGAUCAGGGCCAGCCUCGGAGAGAUUCCAAUUCUUGCCUCAGAACAACGUCUGCUCGACAACGUCGACGGCGAGGAAGAGAAGGAGAAGGACCAGGUCAACGGUCAUCAUAAGCCAGCUGCGCCGACAGGUUCACGGAGGGUGCUUGCGGACGGUACAUACGCAACCGAGACUGCUCUCACCAGCCAGUCAUCCGCUGCUGCCAAGUUAGAGGCCGUCAAGGCAGCGCAGAAGCCGCCACUCAGGCAGCUUAUUCUCGAUGGCGAUUACUACCUUGCAACGGUCCUUUCAGCAACCCUCACAAAAUUGGUCAUGAGGCAUUCCGAGAUCUCGUCCGAACACGCCCGGACGAAUGCUUUGCGCGCAGAGGCGAUGCUGAUCCUGAUCUCCAUCAUCCGGGUUGGUCAGUCGCAGUUCGUCAAGGCGCCCAUCGACGAGGACUCCGUUGACCGGAUCAUGUCAUGCGUGCGAUCCCUGGCAGAGUUCCGUGAGCACAAGGAGCUGGAAACUGUCUAUCUGGAUGACACAAGGAAGGCCUUCCGUGCUAUGGUGCAGGUUGAGGAGAAGAAGCGGGCCGCCAAGGAGGCUGUCGAGAAGGCAAAGACGGCUGUGCAGGUCGAUGACGUCGUGGCCAUCCGCCAACUAAGCAAGAAGAACAUGGGAGAUGGGUCGGACGACGUUGAGGUCGAUCUUGAGCGUGCCACGGGCGGCGACAGCACCGCGACAGAGGAUCUCAGCUCUAAGCUGAGCAGAGUCGUCCAACUCACUGGCUUCUCGGACCCCGUGUACGCCGAAGCGUACGUAAAGGUCCACCAAUUCGACAUUGUGCUUGAUGUGCUCCUUGUCAACCAGACCACGGAGACCCUGCAAAACUUGUCUGUCGAAUUUGCGACCCUCGGAGACCUCAAGGUCGUAGAGCGGCCAACGACACAAAACCUGGGCCCGCAUGAUUUCCACAACGUGCAAUGUACAAUCAAAGUCUCGUCGACCGACACGGGCGUCAUUUUCGGAAACGUUGUAUACGAUGGCGCUCACAGCACAGAUACGAACGUAGUAAUCCUCAACGAUCUACAUGUAGAUAUCAUGGAUUACAUCCAACCGGCGACCUGCACCGAGACCCAAUUCCGCACGAUGUGGACGGAGUUUGAGUGGGAGAACAAGGUUAAUAUCAACAGCAAGGCCAAGACACUGCGUGAGUUCUUGGAUCAGCUGAUGGCGGCGACCAACAUGAACUGCCUCACGCCCGAGGCAAGUCUCAAGGGCGACUGCCAGUUCCUGAGCGCUAAUCUUUAUGCGAGAAGCGUGUUCGGUGAGGAUGCUCUGGCGAACCUGAGCAUCGAGAAGGAAGGCGAGGAUGGUCCUAUCACAGGUUUCGUCCGGAUACGUAGCCGCAGCCAGGGCCUGGCGCUUAGCUUGGGAAGUCUCAAGGGACUGAACAAGAUCGGGACGUCGGCUUGA